GUCGGCUGAAGAGGCGGACGGAGACGGAGCAGGGUUCUCAUGUCUACACGUUGCCACGCAAUCUCUUUAUCCACAUAAACCCUCGGGCCCUGCCUACGGCCAUCCGUCCACGCAGCUAUGGCGGAACAUGUCCCAACAUUCCAGACCAGUACCGCUCCGUUUGGCCGCGCUCCGAUCUCAUCGAGAGAACGAUGAUGCCCGCGGGAUCGGAGCGUUGAAGCGCGCGUCGGCCCGUUCUUGCGAAUAAGCGAAGAUUCGAGGCGCGGGGAGCGUUAGAUAGUCGGAGGAGGAGGAGGAGUAGGAGGAGCGUGAGAGCGACGAACGGUCGGCUCGAUGGCCACCGCGGCGGGAUGCUCGUACAUGGCCUUCGCGCCUUCGCUGGCAUUGAGCGCGCGGGAGAAUUCCCAAGCGCAUUCGCAGCUGCGAUGCCGCACCGUCGGCUCAGGCAUUUCGGGGAACAUCGGCCGUCAAUUGUGCAGAUUGCCACCCGCUCGACAGUUCUCGAUGCAUUCGGCUCCUCUCGAGGUCCGAGAAUUUUCGCGGCUGGUGACGAGCUUCGCGCGGAGUCCGGUGUCGGAGAGCGAAGAGGUUUUCUUCGAUGGAGGUACUCAUUACGGGGAUCUUGUGGCUAACCUCAUUUUCGGGCUCACGUUGGUCUGGCUCCCUCUGACGUUAGCCUCUGUUUUUCGUGCACUCUUCCUGCGCUACCGCUUCACCAAUUUGCGCGUCACCAUCACGUCCGGGCUGCUGGGCGAGGAUCGGAAAGACUUCUCAUACGAGGUCAUCAAGGAUGCACGUUUUGUUCCGCGUUUCAUCGGAGAAUGGGGCGAUCUAGUCAUCGAGUUGAAAGAUGGCACUCUAGUCGACCUUCGCUGCGUGCCCAAGUUCCGGGAAAUCGCAGCGUAUGUGAAAGAGAGAGCCGGCCAAAAGCUAGCUGAUCCUUCAGUCCUCACGGCGUCCGCCGCCAGCUCCACUCCCAAGAAGGGAUUUUCAUCAUAGAACUGUGGGCGUGUUCCGAUUGUAAUUUUAUGCAGCUCCCGUUGACUUCUGGCCAUGUACCUUUUGUUGACAACUUGAGAUAAGUCUUGGUGGCCAAGAGGCGAGGUGCGAUUAUGGAAUUGUAUGGCAGCAGGAAAUUGUAUCUAGAUAGAAAACUUGCAGACGCAGGCACUGGAUAACUUGUAACGAAUUUAAGUCUCUGAUUGAAGUUGGAAAGUUUCAAGGAC